AUGCCCGUAUCCGAAGCUGUUGUUAACCUCCGUCCCCUCACCUCCAUCGACGGAAUUCCAUGCCGAUCCCUCAAGUUCACACCCAAUACCGCUGAUGCUUGUAUUGGCCGAGCAUCCAAAAGAGAAUCCAAGAACCUCUUGCCCGCCCAGGAUAAUGGACUGUUUGAUUCUCGUGUCAUGUCAAGGAACCAUGCUCAACUGAUAGUACGUCUGGAUAAGAAACUUGCUUACCUUCGAGAUGGUGGCUCGAUGCACGGCACUUACGUGAACGGGAAGAAACUCCCCAGCGAGGAGGAUUACCUUCUCAACCAAGGAGAUGUCAUCACAUUCGGUACAGAAGUGAUUCGUGGCAAAGAUACAUUCCCACCUGUUCAAGUCCGUUGUGAAUUUGACUGGCAUCAAUCAACGCCUACACCCACCAAUACAUUCUGUGUCCCGGAUGACGACGACAAUGACGCCAAUACGGAUAUUACUCCGGCGGUAUGCCCGGCCGCAAGCACCUCUGGAGAUGAUGACUCAGUACUCCGCUCUGACUCUGAUGAUCAGUCGGUUGUAGAGGCCUCGUCGCCCUUCACCUCACCAAUGAAGAAGAGUUCACCGAAUCUCACAUUCUACCAAUCUGUCAACAUGCUGAAUGAUACUAACUAUACUACUCACCAUGGAUCACGAAACAUGCCCAUCAAUCUUGACUGUGACCACCCUGAACAACCUUUGGUAACUCCACGGAUGACCCCGCCAGCAGCUUUUACUAUCCUUGAUGAGGAGCCUAGUGAGGCGGUCACCCAUUUGGAUGUUUUUGUCGAAGAGACUGGACUCGAGUCCUCCUUAGGAUCUUCACGUGAGGAGAACUCGGAUUGGGAGGAAGAAGAUGAUUCGAUUGACUACGGCGAUGAAGAGGAGGUACAUUCCCAGUGCUCAUUGGACUCUGACAUGGAAGAAGAUCCUUAUGAGCCAUAUGAGUUUGACAAGUACAAGAGUAUGAAUUCUUCCCAUUCCCAUGUCCUCGGAAUCCGCGAUUUGAUCAUGUCGGAGCCCUCUUUCGACUUUGAGGAGGCGGCUCGAUUGAACGGGGGUGCAACUGAGCCUCGCGUCGGAAACGAAGAGGGAAGUGGAGAAUCAAUCUCUAGAUCCCAGGCUUGUCCAUCAAACUUGUCAGUCCCUGAGCACAAUCCCACAAUGCCAGUAUCACACAAUGUCAAGCCGAGCGAAAUUUUUCCAAUUCAAGCACCACAGCCGACGAAUAUGCUGCCACUACCCCUGUUGUGUCAACAAAGCCGACCUCUCGAUAACCAUCUCAUCGGUCUUCAGCAGAACCCUUUGACAUCCCCUAUCGACUGGCAUCCAGGACAUGCUUAUACCCUUCCUAUUCCAAUUUCUUCCAGGGCAGACUACUCCGAUGGCCCCUUUAUGAGCGAGCUCACCGCGGCUAGUGGUACUGCAAAUACCUCUGAGACCACCGAGCCUGCUGUCACGAACCCAACCGCAACAAUUCCUGGAAGCAAGGAUAUCGAGACCGACGAAAAGGAUAUUCAUGCUACGACAGUAGUCGCAGAACAGCCAACCACAUCACUGUCGCUGCUUUCGGAGGAUUCUAGUCUGCAACAAGAUCCCAAUCCGAUUGUAGAAGAAACCAGGCCAUUGAAGAGAAAGGCAGAGCAUAUUGAAGAACCCCCGGCUUACCAGGCUCAUUCACGAGAAAGCCAGACCCUAGAUGUUCACGAUAAGGCAGACUUCUCUGAGACUCAGCCACCAAACCCGUCGGUCGAGCACCGCAUUCUUCCGUGCUCGCAUCCAGCCCUGGUUCCUGCAAACGAGGUGACAACCGCCAGUCAAGUGCCCAAUGCCCUUGCUGGUUCCGAUCGACCGCUCAAACGAGUAAAGAAAUCUGCUGCGCGCAACUUCGCCAGCCAUGCUGCUACUGCUGCCCUAGGAGUUGCGAUAGGUGCUCUUGGUACUAUUGCCGCUUUGGCUUCGCUUCCUCCAGAUUACUUUCAUGAAUGA